AUGCCUCUCGUCAACACCACCGAAGUUGUGGAGGACAGUCGCGUCUUUGGCUAUGACCCGUUGUUGUCCCCUCAGUUCCUGCAAAAUGAAAUUCCGGCUACCCCCGAGGUCCUCGAGGCCGUCAAGGCCGGUCGCAACCAGGCUGUGGAGAUCAUCGAGCAGCGCGAUGACCGUCUCCUGGUCGUCGUCGGCCCCUGCUCCAUCCACGACCCGGCUACCGCCCUCGAGUAUGCCUCCCGUUUGAAGGAGCUUUCCCAGAAGCUGUCCUCGGAUCUCUGCAUCAUCAUGCGGGCCUACCUGGAGAAGCCCCGCACCACCGUCGGCUGGAAGGGUUUGAUCAACGACCCCGACAUCGACGAGUCCUACAACAUCAACAAGGGUCUGCGCGUCUCGCGUAAGCUCUAUGCCGACCUCACCAGCAUGGGCAUGCCCAUCGCUAGCGAGAUGCUGGACACUAUCUCCCCCCAGUACCUGGCCGAUCUCAUCUCCCUCGGCGCCAUCGGUGCCCGCACGACCGAGUCGCAGCUGCACCGGGAGCUGGCCUCCGGCCUGAGCUUUCCCAUCGGCUACAAGAACGGCACGGACGGCAACAUCACGGUCGCCAUCGACGCUAUCGGCGCCGCCGCCCACCCGCACCGCUUCCUCGGCGUGACCAAGCAGGGCCUGGCCGCCAUCACCAAGACCUCGGGCAACGAGCACGGCUUCGUCAUCCUGCGUGGCGGCGCCAAGGGCACCAACUUUGACCGCGACAACAUCCGCGCCGCCCGCGAGUCCCUGCGCGCCAAGAAGCAGCGCGAGAUCGUCAUGGUCGACUGCUCGCACGGCAACUCCAGCAAGAACCACCGCAACCAGCCCGUGGUCGCCAAGGAGCUGGCCGACCAGCUCCGCGAGGGCCAGGACGCCAUCGUCGGUGUCAUGAUCGAGUCCAACAUCCACGAGGGCAACCAGAAGGUCCCCGCCGAGGGUCCCUCGGGCCUGAAGAAGGGUGUCAGCAUCACCGAUGCCUGCAUUGACUGGGAGACGACGGUCCAGGUCCUGGAAGAUCUGGCCGAUGGUGUUCGCGGGCGGAGAGCCGCCAAAGCGUCUGCUUAA